GACUUGCUUGUGCAAAUUGGAUCCCUGGAAAAAAGCAACAGCUUCAGCUCCACUGAUCUUGCCAUCGCCGUCCAAAUCUGCUCUUCUGAAGUAAGCGUCGAAUUGAUCCAUGUUCGGCCCCGCCAUGCCGGCUCACCCGGCAACGAUUAGGCGCGAGCUUGGAAAGUGGCGGAGGGAAUGAUAGCAGCGUAGCUUGAGAAUGUCGUCGGAGGAGAAGAGAUAGUGAAAUGCGUCGGAAAAUUGGGGAAACAAUUCGGUCGAGGAAUUAAGGAAUCUAACAGCUG